UCAGCCUCAGCCAAUCAGAGGAGGCGAUGCUGGGCGGACUUUAGCGGGUAGAUUUUCGACCUGGGUUCUCCGGCGAAGUUGACGAGCGUUGUUUUGUUUUUUUAAACACAAAGUCUGCGGGAUUCGAAUCACGAUAUUCUCGAGUCUCCCGGGUCGUUGCUUUUAUUCCUCGUGACAAUUUUAAGAAAACGCAGCAUGUGGACUUUUCUUCCGGUUCGUUAUUUUCUCACUUAGCAAAGUCCCAGCCCGAUGCUAACGCUAGCUAACCGCCGGGAGCCAGUGUUGUGACGAUGCGUCGUGAAGGAGCUUGUUCCUCUUUGGUCGUCACGUCAAACUCCAGCCCGUGAACAAGAAUCCGUGCGUAAAUAACUAGAGUUUUGGAUGGCGGUGGCCCCCGCCUCGAUGGCGGAUAAGAUCAUAGUCCUUGACGAUGAUGAAGAGGAGAGUGCUCAGCCUCACUUCGCUGCUUCCACCUCGUCCAAGGAGCAUCAAGUCAAACAUGUCUCGCCACUCAAAGCUCAGCAGCCGGUCCCCACCCACAUUACCCAGUCACCCUUUGCCACUGUGAAGAAGCAGAGCCAUGUCCUGCACGCAGAGAAUGAGAGAUUGUUCACCGAGUUUGUGGAGUACUGCUCGACUCUCACCCAGGACUGUCCCGAGGUCUUGAGCUUCCUACAAACCAAGCAUGCCAAGGCCUCCCCUGACUAUCUGUCAUCUGUGGAAUUCAGGAACACAUUGGGGAGAUGUUUGACUCGCGCUCAGGCCCACCGCUCUAAGACCUUUGUCUACAUUAAUGAACUGUGCACUGUACUCAGGCAGCAUACCGCCAAGAAGAGGCAGACCCUCACCAAGGCUGAGCCUGGGUCUUCUACCUCAACACUAAGUUCUCUCCAGCCUACCUCUGUUAUGCUUAAAAGUAAAGACAAGACUAAAGAUAAGCUGGAUGAGGAAUGUGGGAAACCCUCAGCUGAAGAUGAGCAACCUUCCACCUCAGGGCUGCAGGAAAACAACAAAGUGGACGAACAAGAAACAGAGAAAAAGGCAAAGAGGGCAUCCAGGAAACAAAUAGCGUACCUGGAGAACCUGCUGAAGGUGUACAACGACGAGAUCUGCCGCCUGCAGCAGGCCGAACUGAGUUUAGACGACCUUGGAGCCGAGGACUCUUUAUACAUCCAGGAGCACAAGCUGAAACGCAAGAUGAUGAAAAUUUAUGAAAAGCUGUGUGAACUAAAGGGCUGCAACACACUAACGGGCCGAGUCAUUGAGCAGAGGAUCGCUUACAAUAGCACUCGUUAUCCUGAGAUCAACAAAAGGAUCGAGCGUUUCAUUAACAGUCCAGAGGCACAGAGGAACCCUCCGGAUUACCAAGACAUCCUCCAGCUGGUGUUGCGCGCCAACGAACGCUACAAGCUUUGUCUGAGCAGGAAAGUACUGAACCACAUAGCCCUGGACGCCUUCAGAGAGACCGGGAGCCGCAUGCAGGAGAGACGUCACCUUGACCUGGUCUACAACUUCGGCUCGCAUCUCACCGACAACUACAAACCUUCCUCAGACCCGGCUCUUUUGAACCCCUCACUGCAAAGAAAGCUGCGAUCCAACCGAGAAGUGGCACUCUCCAGCUUGGAGGAGGUUAUCUCCAAGUACGCCAUCAGACAAGACGACACGGAGGAGCAGGAGAGGAACAGAAGACAGGAGAAAGAGGACAACAAAUCAGAAAAGGGAGGAGAAAGUAAAGAGGUGAAUGGAGUGGCAGAGGAGGAAGAAGAACCGGAGGAGGAGGAGGAUGAAGAAGAAGAUGACUCAUCAGAUCCAGACAUAGAGGAGGAGCUCCAGGCCAGCACGCAGCAGGAUGGACCUGACAAUGACGAGAAUGAGGACGACAACAGCAAUGAGGCGGAGCAAGCAGGAGAUGACGCCAACAAGGAGGAUCAGACAGACGAGCUGUUGGGAAGCGUUAAAGAAGAGGUAGAAGAGCCAGUCACGAGUGGACUCAGUCCUCUAUCUGAUGACAACAAAUCCCAGAUCUCGCUGUCUGAUAUCCCCUCACCUAGAGACAGCCCGAGUCAAUCAGAGCCCAUGCAGACUGAUGAGCAGCAGCCAUUGUCUAAUGGUAAACUUGCAGGACUAGAGGAGUGUGUGGAUUCCUCCAACCAUGUCUCGGCCGUGCUGGUAAGCACCAGUCAAGUGACUCCAGACAUCUCCCUGGUAGCAGCCAAUGGGGAGUCUUCACCUCCAUCAUCAGCAAUGAUCUCAGAAAAAUCGAACACGAUGACAACCAACGGCACGUCGCCACCCCCCAGCCCCAGAGCUACGAGGAGUCAGAAGAGGAAGAGGGAGGAAAUAACACCAGAGGUCUCCAUAAAUACAAAGCACAUCCAGGACAGUGAGGUAGACAUCCCUCUGGAUAUGGGUGUUUUUAGCUGCAAUUCUCCACCAGCCAUCCGAGCAGACACUCCCCCCCAGGACCUUGUCAGCAGCUCACAGCUGACGCCGCCUCCCAAGAAAAACAAGGUGAACGUGGCGACCCAGUGUGACCCAGAUGAGAUCAUUGUCCUCUCUGACUCAGAGUGACCCUUCACCUUUGACCCCUCACUAGUACUGCAGAGACUCUUCCACCUCUGGCUUGAUCCUGGCAGCGAUUUCCUGAAAGCUCCUGUUUCUCGAAUUGUUGAGAAAAGUGCUGGUAUAAAUCCAAACAGUCAAGAAAUUUUACAAAACGGAAGACAGGGAAAGCUGAAUUUAGUACCUCAUGUCAACUGAUUACCAAACAAAAGCAAAGGCAGGUUUUUGUAAACAACUUUAAUAAAAUAAUUGUGAGCUAACAUUAACAGGAAAGAGCGUGAACAGGAUGUUUUUUUGUGAGGGGGGGGCAAAGUUCUUGGAGGCCUCAUGUUCCGACACAUUCUUCAGAGAAAACCUUUUAUUUUUCUCGGAGCAGAGAAACGCCGGCCGAGGUCGACCUCGGCUGUUUUAUCUGAUGUUUUCUACAGAGAGUUCGUCUGAAUCGUUUAGAAGACUAAAGCUGUUUCCUGCCCGUCAGCGCAACACUACUGAUGCUCCUGUGGUUCCCUCUGGCAGCAUCAUUGAAAUGAUUGUUACUGACAUGAACCCUGAACUUUACCGAGUGUUCAUUAGGUAAGAAUCCAGUGCCUGAAAACACGACCUGUACAGUCGGACAUGCGGCCGGAACAGAGAGUUUUUGUUUUCACAGACACUCGACUGGCGGCAGCAGCAGCUCCCUGCCGGUUUGUUUACAUUUUUAUAUUUCAGUGGCGUCUUCAGCAGAGGGAAGUGCGGCUCUGUAUAAGAGGAAAUGAUUUGACUUGCUGUUGAUAUUGAUGUUUUGAGUGAGUGAGCUGUGUGGUGGUUUGCACUUUGUUGACAGCAGUGAUGAUGGAGAUCUUUUUUAAUGUUUUCCCUUCAAACAUAUUUAAAUUUUUUGGGUUUAAUAUAAAGUAACUUUCUUGAUUCAGACCUGUGGCUGCUGCAGCCUCACUGAAUCGUUUCCUAUAAUUAGUCCAAGUGAAUAAUUUAUAUUUUACUUACUGGGAACAAAUCCCACCAAAAGACCAACUGUUCAUGAAUUAUGAAUCAACUUUGUAUCUGAAGUCUGAUUAAUCUCUGAGCUCCAUUAUUGUCCAAGAACAUGCACAGAACACAAACUAGGUUAUUUUGACUCAGUCCGUCACACACACCGUCCCGAUGUCAGAAAUACACACAUACCUGGCCACAGUCCAACAGUUCCUUAUGAAUCCACAUUUUAAUUCACUGGAUCCAGAUUUUUGUGUGGAUCUGCACCACGUUGCACACACCCAUAAACAUUUGUCUUUUUUUCUUCCUAUAAAGAUCUAUGAAAUAUUCUUUGGGCAAUCAGUGAAAAUAUCUAAUCACACAAUGUUAAAUUAAUUGAUCCACGCCAAAAUUUAGUGGGGUCUUUCUUGGUCCAUGUAACAUCCUUCCAUCAGUUUCAUAGUUUUUGUUUAAUCCUGCUGACAAUCCAAACACCCAACAAACAGACGGGUGACAACUUCCUCUUUAGCGGAAAGAACCAGAGGGUUUGGAGCCGAGAGCCACGAGAGACAGACUAAUGCAUCGUUGCUUUUGGUCUUUUUGUGGCGUUUGUUGACAAUAAAGAAAAGCAGAACAUUUUCAGGCUCUAUGUUAAAAUGUUUGUCUUGAUUCUGACUUAUCUGAAAGAAAAAUCAUGCAUCAUCGUCACAGAUUGUGUCAUCAUGCAACUGACCUUCACCCAGAAAACGAUUAUCUAUCAAUCUAAUCUGGAGAUAAACAACUGUUAACAUCUCAAAUACCUGUAAAAAAAACUGAGUUCUCAACAAGGAAGUUUCUUAAAUGUAAGAAUGAAAUCCAGCUUGACUAAAAAAAUCAAACCAGUGAAGUUGAUAUUUUUACAUCCCUGUUAUAUUAAGAGUAAAGUUUUUUUUAUGUUGGACAGUGUUGCCUUUAAUGAUCAGCGAAUAUGAUAGAUACAGUUUCUGUGGCCAAAGUGCAGAUGUGUUGCUGCUCCUGUAAAAGAUGGACAGUGUUUAAUUCCACUUUAUUAAAUUUUGCCACAUGUGAAAUAUUUUUUGGGAAAUGCUCUUUUCUAAGUUUCUAGAAUGUAGCCCAGGAAUGUAGUUAUUGUAACUGCGACCCAUCAGGCCUCAUUUUUGCAGAGGAGCGAUCAUCAUUCACUGUGAAGAAUGUUUUCUUUUAAAUUUUUGAUAAAAAUAAAUGAUGCAUUUUGUUAUA